AUGCGCCUACCCACCAAAGAGUUCGCCGUUUUACUGGCCUGCGCCGGUGUCGGCUCCUCACUCCAAGCAGAUAUCCCUGCUGAUUUGCCUGUUGCCUCGCUCAUAUCCUCUGCAAAAUCACAUCUCGCCACUGGCUCUCCUCGUGAUGCUUUGGCUUACUUCGAUGCGGCCGUCGCUAGGGAUCCUACCAACUACUUGACCAUAUUCCAACGAGGCGCUACAUACCUUUCUCUAGGCAGAGAUACACAAGCCAUCGAUGAUUUUAACCGAGUUCUCGAACUCAAACCGGACUUUGACGGCGCUUUACUACAACGAUCCAGAAUCAAGGGCAGAAGUGCGGAUUGGACUGGCGCUAAAGAGGAUCUUGUCAAGGCUGGCAAGAAAUCUUCGCCAGAAUAUGUGGAGCUUGAUGAGGCGCAGACAGCAGAGAAAGCAGCCGAACAGGCAGAGGCCAAGGGGGAUUGGGAAACGUGUGUUUCACAGUCUAGUGUGGCUAUUAUGAAGGCCAGUGUGGCACUUAAUCUUCGACGGUUACGUUCACAUUGUCGGUUUGAGAAAGGUGAUAUCCAGGAAGCUCUAGGUGAUUUAGCACACAUACUACAAAUUUCCCCGGGGUCUGUCGAACCACAUUUACAAAUAUCGUCGACAUUGUUCUAUUCUUUGGGCGACUAUGAACGAGCCAUUGCACAGAUCCGGAAAUGUCUUCAUUCAGAUCCAGACUCGAAGUUGUGUAGUCGACUGUUCCGCAAGGAGAAGCAAUACGUCAAGAGUUUGAAUAAGCUGCAAGAGUUCAAGGAGAAACGAAAGUUUACCAAUGCGAUCAAUAUUUUGGUUGGGACCAAGGACGAGAGUGGUAUGAUCGAUGAUGUUAAGGAAGAUGUCAAAGAAGCACGGGAGGCGGGAUAUAUUCAUCCCAACGCUCCCAAUGAGCUGUAUGCAUCUCUUAUUGAGGUGACCUGCGAAAUAUACCGAGCUAUGAACUCGAAAAAAGCAAAGACCUACUGUGCCGAUAUUCUACAACUCAAACCACACUCCUUGCACGGCCUCCUAUAUCAAGCUCAAACUUAUAUCGACGAAGACGAGUUUGAGCGUGCCAUUAACACACUCACAACAGCUAAGGAACACCACCAAAGCUCCCGAGAAGUCCAAGAACUUCUCCAAAAGGCCCAAGUUCUUCUCAAACGAUCCAAACAAAAGGAUUAUUACAAAAUCCUCGGAGUCAGCCGUGACGCAGACGAUCGAACAAUCAAACGAGCAUAUCGACAGCUCACUAAAAUCCACCAUCCGGACAAGGCCAUGUCGCAGGGAGUAUCCAAGGAGGAUGCGGAGACGAAGAUGGCUUCCAUUAAUGAAGCUUAUGAAGUCCUUUCGGAUCCAGAGUUGAGGGCUCGGUUUGAUAAUGGUGAUGAUCCUAACGAUCCCGAGUCCGGGCGAGGAGGCCCUUUCCAGGGACACCCGUUUGCCGGAGGACGAGGGGGUGGUGGCCAGCAAUUCUUCUUUCAACAAGGUGGCGGUGGAGGAGGAGCUCAAUUCAAGUUCAACGGCUUUCCAGGCGGAUUCCCAUUCUAG